UGGUGGGGUUCAUGGGCAGAGAAUGAGAAUCGUGACACACUCACCUGGUAUCUCCUUGAUGAGCUCUCCACCUAUGAAAAUGACCAUAAGCACUUGCUUGUCAAGCCCAUUUACAUCCAGGACCUGCAGUUGAUGCAUGAAUGCAUCUCAGCUGAUGUUGCAGGUCUGCGGAGUGACCUACACACCCUAACAGCCAUGCUCUACAAUGGGCAGCUGACUCACCUGCCCAACUCACUCAGCAGCACAGGCAUGUGCAAUGCUCUACACUCGUCAACUCUGCUGUCAAACCUAGGCAACCCCUGCAUUAUUCAUCACUCAUCUGGAUCCCAGCCACCCAGCUCUGAAGCUGCCUCUUGGAGACAGAUCAUGAAGCACUGGACGGAUGAUUGGCUGCCUGAGUGGAUCCAUGGGAAGAACAAGAAGUUUUUUGCAAUGAAGUACCACCAACACUUAGUGAUCGCACUGGAGUUUCUCGACCAGUUCAAUGGACAUGAGCCUGCAUUCCUCACCGCAUAUCCAGAGGCCACUGUGGGCCACACAGCUUUGCUUCAGGCAAUCAACCGCAUGAAAAAGGAGUGUGGGGAUAUCAUCCCUUGAAAGUAGUGAGUUAUACUUCUUGCACUCUGCCAGCUGAAUCUGCGCUGAUGAUUUUUAGACUCUUUUUCUUUCUUUCUUUC